CGGGAAGGCCCCCAAAUGGAGGAGGCCAGACGGGGCUCCUGUCCGGAAAUUCCAGACAGGAAUAGCACUCUCUCUAUAUAUAUAUAGCACACAUCGUUAGAUCAUUAUAAUCCUUAUAUAGAACAUUGUAUUAGAACGAAUGUAGUAAAUGAAAUAUAACGGUGUGCGUGGUUACAGGUUUCAGGAAAUAGUGCCAUUGAACGCGGGAAACGUGUUAGUGAUUGAAGACAAUGAACCAGCAGCGAGGUGGUUAGGCUUCAUAAGCAAAGCACUUAACAAAUCAAGCCACUCAUCAUCAGCAGCAGCAACGGCAGAAGGGAUAGUGAGAUCAAAUUUUUUCCACAGGCCAUCUCUCAAGGUCCUUAGCCGCAACCUUAGGGCAAACCACAGCCUCCUUAAGGCAUGCAACUGCCACUUGGACUCCCCGAGGCGGCUCCGCAAGCUCGAGGCUGCAGCCGAGUGUCCUCCCCAUGCCCCCGCCAGCAGCAUGAAUGAUGAUGUUGACUUCGCUUAUGCACAUGUUUCCGGUGAUUUGGACUACAAUCUCAUAGCCAGCAAGCAAAUGGUUGGGAUCUUUCUUUCCAUUUGGGCACGUAAGGAGUUGGUUCCCCAUAUUGCCCAUCUACGAGUUUCAUGUGUUGGAACCGGAAUCAUGGGCUAUCUAGGCAAUAAGGGUUGUAUAUCAAUCAGUAUGUCUGUGCACAAAACAAGUUUUUGCUUCGUAUGUUGUCAUCUGUCUUCUGGGGAGAAAGGAGGGGAUGAGUUAAGAAGGAACUCAGACGUUGCUGAGAUUCUAAGAAACACCCAAUUUCCCAGGAUUUGCAAGAUUCCAGAUCAUCCUUUUCCCCUAAAUAUCAUUGAUCACGACCGUAUAAUAUGGAUGGGAGACUUGAACUACCGAAUUUCUCUUAGCUAUGAGGAGACAAGGUCGAUGUUAGAGGACAAUGAUUGGGACUUUCUAUUGGAAAAAGAUCAGUUAAAUAUGGAGAGAAAGGCGGGAAGAGUGUUCAGGGGUUGGAAAGAAGGAAAAAUAUUGUUUGCUCCCACUUACAAAUACACUCUUAACUCAGACUUGUACGCUGGAGAGACUAUCACGUCAAAGAAAAAACGCCGAACGCCUGCUUGGUGUGACAGAAUAUUGUGGCAUGGAAACGGAAUGGAACAGAUUUCAUAUAUAAGGGGGGAAUCGAGAUUCUCUGAUCACAGACCCGUUUGUGCCAUAUUUUCAGUGGAUGUUGAAAUGCAUUGUAAACCGUCCAAGUAUCGCAAGGGUUUCUCAUGCACGUUAAAUUAUGAAGACAACCCCCUAGAAGGAAACAAACUGCUUCUAUGACUUCUAAUUUCUUCGUCUAAUCAACUAUUUAUCUUUACCAUUCUUGUAGCAUACUUGUACUGUAUAAUUGUAAGUUAAUAAUAUAUAUUUGUGGUGAAAUGAAGAAAGUGUAAAGUAGAUAUAGUGUGAUAUCUAUAUAUUUAAUAAUCUCAGGAUAUUCUUCUUCAUAAGAUAUUUCCUAAAU